UUUAAAAUGGUUUGAAAGCCGUUUGCACAUUUUUUUUCCAUGUAUGUUGAUAAAUAAUUUUUGAAUUAAUGUGAAAAAAGGUAGUAUUAUAUUAUGUGAAAUGGAACUGUCCAAGGUGGACUGUUAUUUGGAAAGAAUACGGCACUUGGCAUGAUCACGCGCGUGCCCUCGAGAAAAGACUAACAACGUCAUUCGUGGACGAGGAAGGAGGCAAAUAUGGCGGAGUCAUCGAAGUCUUGUGAAGUGUUAUGUCUCAUCACUUGAUUUGUGCUACUGAAGUCUUGUACAAGUGUACUUUGAAAUAUUAGAAUUAUUGUAAGAUUUACCUUAUCAGUUGUUGAAAGACGUUAUUAUUUUAAAUUUAUUGUAAUGAUAUUUAGAAAAGUAACGAAACCAGAUUUGUAACUUUUGUUUCCGCAUGAGCUGGGAGCUUCACUUGUCGCCCAGCUGCAUGUUCCGCCAUUGUGGCGAGUGAGUACGCCGGCUGCCAUAUUGACUUUUGUGUAGACGAAACUCAUUAAGUCUUUAUUUAGCUAUAAUUUUAUUAACCCUUUGGGUUAAAAAGUAACAUUUAGCUAAAUUAUAAUAUUCUUGACAAUUUUGUUCAAACAAAUUAUCAAAUUUAAGAGCGAGAGACUGAGUUUGUAAGAUAGAAGGAAACCACUGUUCAACAUGUCUGAGGUAGAAGAUAGUGUUAUGAAAGAUGUUGCCAGAACUGAAGAAAUCAGAUCAGAAGGUGGCUCUGAGCAUAAAUCAGACCCAAUGUCUGACAGUGAUUCUUCGGAUUCAAGCCAGUCCUCAGGAUCUAGUUCACAGUCUGGUAGUGAAUCUGAAUCAAAUAGUUCUUCAGACUCUGAACAAGAGAAUGAGCCUGAAAAAAACAUUGGUUCUGAUAAAGAAGAUGUCAUGUCAGAGAGCUACAGCAUGGAUUCCAGGUUGGAUAUUCAUUCAGAAUCUAGUAUGGGUUUAACUACUCCCACAAAGCUUGAAGAUAUGGAUUCUAACUCCCAAAAUCCAGAUAGUUCCAGGGGGAAUCGCCAAUCACGACUAAAAGAUCUGAAAGUGAUGUGGGAAGAAAAUCCUGAUAUGUAUGGUGUUCGCAGAUCUGGCCGCUCAAGAAAAGAACCAGAGCGAUACAAUAUUGGCGAGGACUCAGAAGAAAAUGAUUCAAAGGGACAUCAGAAGCCAUCAAGAAGACAGAGAGACUCUGGAGAAUGGCAAGCAUCUGAUUCCAGUGACAAAGAUGAGAGUGAACAAGAAUGUGCAAAGAGUCGACAGAAACCCAGUGCAGGAGUUUCUACAUUUGGACGAAGUAACCGAACAUCAGGUCGUUCACAAAAAAAGAGGCCCGCCCCUUCACGGAGACAAAGAAAACAUUCUAGCUCUUCAGAAGAUGAAGAUGAAUAUGAUACUGAUGAAGAUAAAACUCGCUCUACACGUCGUUCUAUAAAAAAAGUUAGGUAUGCAAGUAUAAUUAAGUUCCAAAUUGAAAUACGAUCAAACUUUACAGCAACUGGAGCUGACACGACCGUGUAUGCCAUCGAGGAGAAAGGGGACCCAAAUGAUGCGGAUGCUCCAGAAAAAGAAAUGCAAUUUCUAAUUAAGUGGAAAGGCUGGUCUCACCUUCACAACACUUGGGAAUCUGAUGCUUCACUACGUGCACAGGGUGCAAAAGGAAUGAAGAAGGUUGAAAACUAUGUGAAAAGAGAAGAAGAAAUCAGAUUAUGGAAAGACGCAGCAACUCGAGAAGACAUAGAGUAUUAUGAUUGUCAACAGGAAAUGACCACAGAACUUCAAGAAAGACAGAUGUUGGUUGAAAGGAUAAUAGCAGAGAAUAAGAAUGAACAUGGACGAGAACCAGACUACCUAAUUAAGUGGGAAGGUCUUCCUUACUCAGAAGCUACAUGGGAGGAUGGGGCACUUGUCACACGCAAGUUCAAAAAAUUUAUUGAUGAUUUCUGUGCACGACAAAAAAAUCAAAAGAUUCCUACUAAAGUUUGUAAGGUUUUGAAAGUUCGACCCAAAUUUGUCCCUUUCAAAACUCAACCAGAAUACAUUGGAGGACGUGAUGGACUGGAAUUACGAGAUUAUCAGUUGGAAGGUGUCAACUGGUUGGCACACUCUUGGUGCAGAGAAAAUGGUGUGAUUCUAGCUGAUGAAAUGGGCUUGGGUAAGACAAUACAGACAAUAGGUUUUUUGUCUUACCUGAUGAACCAGCACUCCCUGUAUGGACCAUUUCUUCUGGUCGUUCCACUGUCCACUAUGAACUCCUGGCAGAGAGAAUUCAGUCUUUGGGCUCCAGAAGUAAAUGUUGUGGUGUAUAUUGGUGACAUCAGUAGUCGAAACUCAAUACGUCAGUAUGAGUGGUGCCAUCCUGGCAACAAACGGCUGAAGUUUAAUGUACUUCUCACAACAUACGAAAUUCUCCUAAAAGACAAAAGUUUCCUGGGUGGUGUUAGUUGGGCUGUUCUUGGGGUUGAUGAAGCCCACAGACUUAAAAAUGAUGACUCUCUUCUCUACAAGUCCUUAUUUGAAUUUGAUACAAAUCAUAGAGUUCUGAUUACAGGAACUCCACUUCAAAAUUCCCUGAAGGAACUGUGGGCACUGCUCCAUUUUAUAAUGCGUGAGAAGUUUCGGUCGUGGGAAGACUUUGAGCAAGAACACAAAGAUUCAGCUGAUAAAGGUUAUUCAAAGCUGCAUAAACAGCUUGAACCAUUUAUUUUAAGAAGAGUGAAGAAAGAUGUUGAAAAAUCAUUACCUGCCAAGGUGGAACAAAUCCUUCGUGUGGAGAUGUCCAGUAUCCAAAAACAGUAUUACAGGUGGAUCCUGACAAAAAAUUACAGAGCACUUAGUAAGGGUCUAAAAGGAAGUGUUGCUGGCUUUGUAAAUAUCAUAAUGGAGUUGAAGAAGUGCUGUAACCAUGCAUCACUAAUUAGGCCUCCUGAUAACAUGGGAAAUGCAGACAUUUUACAAACCAUAGUCCGUGGGAGUGGAAAACUGAUCCUGCUAGACAAACUAUUGUGUCGUCUAAAAGAGACAGGUCACCGUGUCUUGAUCUUCUCACAGAUGGUUCAAAUGUUGGACAUUAUCAGUGAUUAUUUACAGUUGAAACAUUUUACUUUCCAGAGGCUAGAUGGAUCUAUUCGAGGAGAACAAAGAAGACAAGCACUGGACCAUUUCAAUGCUGAAGAUUCACAGGAUUUUUGUUUCAUCCUGUCAACAAGGGCUGGUGGACUUGGCAUCAACUUGGCAACAGCUGAUACUGUUAUCAUAUUUGACAGUGAUUGGAACCCCCAGAAUGAUCUUCAAGCCCAAGCUAGGGCCCACAGAAUUGGACAGAAGAAACAGGUGAAUAUUUACAGGCUUGUGACCAAGGGAAGUGUUGAGGAAGAUAUCAUUGAGAGAGCCAAAAGAAAGAUGGUACUGGACCACUUAGUAAUACAAAGAAUGGAUACCACUGGCAGGACGGUCUUGUCUCGAAGUGCAAAACCUACCAAUAACACGACCCCUUUUAACAAGGAGGAGCUGUCUGCUAUUCUCAAGUUUGGUGCUGAAGAUUUGUUCAAGGAGAAUGAAGAAGGAAGUGAAGAACCUCAGGUUGAUAUAGAUGAAAUCUUAAAAAGAGCAGAAACUCGAGAAGACCAGUCUGCUAGUGCUGGUGAUGAACUCUUGUCUGCAUUCAAAGUAGCUAGUUUUAACUUUACGGAAGUAGAAGAAGAAAUGCCAGUUGAUGAACCUGCCGAAGAAGAAAGAACUGUAGGAAUAAACUGGGAAGAGAUCAUUCCUGAAGAAGAGAGAAAGAAAGUUGAGGAUGAAGAAAGAAAAAAAGAAGAAAUGGAACUAUUGUUACCUCCCCGCAGUAGAAAGCCUGUUCGCCAGCCAGGACAUUCAGAUAGUGAUGAAGAUGCAAAGAAAAAAGGUAAUCGCGAUGCUGGUGAUGAAAGUGGUUCAGAGAAAGAACAGUCUGAUGAUGAUCGGCCUAGGAAACGUGGUCGACCUCGUACUGUGAAUCGAGAUGCCAUAAAAGGAUUUAAUGAUGCUGAAAUUAGAAGGUUUGUUAGAAGUUUCAAGAAAUUUGCAUCUCCUAUGAAUAGACUUGAAUCCAUUGCAAUGGAUGCAGACCUAACAGAAAAAGCAAUGGGUGAUCUGAAGCGUUUAGCAGACUUACUGUACAAUGGGUGUCAGACAGCCAUGACUGAUCAUGCGUUGAAGCAAGAUAAUCAAAAUGAAGACAGUAACCUUUCGGUGGGUACAGCUACUGGCAAGCGUCGUGACAGAGGACCAUCUAUUAAACUGUCUGGAGUUACAGUUAAUGCCAAGACAGUUUUUAAUGCUAUGAAAGAUCUAGAACCCCUUGAAACAUGUCUUCCCACAGAUCCUAAACAACGUUUGAGGUGGGAAAUGAGUACAGUGUGUAAAGACACACAUUGGGACGUUCCAUGGUGUAAAGAAGAUGAUUCUCGAUUAUUGAUUGGUAUUUAUGAAUAUGGAAUGGGAAACUGGGAAUCCAUAAAGAUGGAUCCAAAUUUAGAGCUAGGAGAAAAGAUUUUACCAGAUGGGGAUCAGAAACCACAAGCUAAGCAACUCCAAACAAGAGCAGACUAUUUAUUAAAAGUCUUGCAUCGAACCUUAGAAAGGCAGAAAGCUGGCAAGGAGAAGUCUAAGAAAAUUAAAGGUCCAAGAAAAUCUCGUUUGGAUAAAACCGCUAUCAGUAAACAAUUUGUAGAAAUUGAAGACAGCAGUGACAGUGAUUUAUCUAUGAAGAAACACGAAGAACGACUGAAGAGUUCAGACCACAAGAUAGCUGAAGGAGCUGAUAAAUUGAAAGAUGGUAAUAGUGUUAAAGAAAAAUCAUCAAGCAAGAAAAACAAAAGAAACAAUCAUCUGAGAAGAAAGAGAAUCUACUGGCGAGCGAGGCAUGUUAUGAUGCGUGGCAGUGAAAGCCGCAAGGAAGCUGUUGCGCUGAUGUCGUUGGACUCGCCCAGAGGACUUGUCCCGAGUGCUUGUGACAUCACAGAUAUGGUAUCAAAACAAAAGAAGUCUGAACCACCGGUUAUGCAUUACACUGCUACAGCAGAACCACAGGUGAUUGAUUCAUCGGGAGAUCUAGAACCCAGUAUAUUCAAGGAGUGCAAAGAAAAGAUGAGACCAGUGAAAAAGGCAUUGAAGCAAAUUGAUAACCCAGAUCAAAAUCUAGAGAAAGAGGAGCAGCUACGACACACUCGACAGUGCUUAUUAAAAAUAGGAGAUCGUAUAAAGGAAUGCUUGGCUGAACUUAAUGACGCUGAAAAGAUUAAAGAGUGGAGAAACUACUUAUGGACAUUUGUUUCCAAGUUCACAGAGUUUAAUGCAAAAAAACUGUAUAAGUUGUACAGACAAAUUGUUAAGAGAUCUGUUGAAGAUAAAAGCCAUAGUCUCAAAGACAAAGAGGGCCAUCGGCAACGCACAGAAGAGGCAAAAUCGAAGCACAGGCUUCUUGUAGAUAAACCAAAGUCACAUGAUGAGUCUAGUCAACAUAGUCAACACUCUGCUAAAUCUGACAGAUCAGGUUCGUCACUAAAAAGGCAAUUUGAAGGAGAAAUGUACACUUCAGAAAGGUUAUCAUCUGCAAAACGUUUGUAUGAUGGAAGAGACAGGUAUCUUGAGAGGAAAAGUGACAGACGAGAGGGACAAAAUCCAUCAUAUCAGCGAGACAAAAUGUCAUCAUAUUCAGUUAUGAAGGGCAACAGCUACCAGAGAAAAGGUCAAACAAACAGUUAUUCAGGGCCUCCUCCAAGGAAACACUGGGACUCCCAUGAACGAUGGCCGCACAAUAAUCCGUCAUCUAGCUGGGAUAGACAUCCAAGUGAGUUUCGUAGGGAUACACAGCGAGGCUAUUUUAGGGAAGAAGGACCAUCGGGAAGUUAUAAACGAGAAAGAGAAGCCGUCCCCUAUCCUGAUAGAACACAUGCAGAGAUGCGAGAUCCUAGGUUCCACCACCACAUGGGUUCUUAUGGAGUCUAUCAACCCCAAUAUCCUGGCCAGGCAAAUUACGGAUUCGUGCCCCAUCAACCACCACCUCCAGGGGUGGAAGACCGAAGCCCUUACCAAGGAGAAGGAUGGAGAGGAAAAUGGGAAAGUGGUCACUACUUAGCAAAGCACUGAUUGAUCUGACAACUCAGAUAUAAAAUUCCUGUACUUAUCAGAGACAUUGCCAGAAUGGAGCAAGUCAUGUGCAUAUUUUAGUGGUUAUCCAUUGAUCUGUAAAAAAAAAAAGGUCAAUAUGAUGAGCUGUGAUAGUAUGGUCAAACCAUUCUUUUGUGUUCUUAUAUAACUGGUGGUACGACCAAUCUCCAAGAAAUUUUUCUAAUUUUGAAUGGGGCAGGCUUGGAUGUAUUUUUUAUGAGAGGAAUUGUCUAAUUUAUGAUUGUUAGUUGACUUUUUCAAAUACAUGUACAAUUAUAUAAGAGAAAUUUUCUAACGACCAGUGGAAAUCCUGCUGACAAUCAUAAUGGUUGAGCAUUCGUGUCAGCUGUGGACCAGAAGAUUGGAAUGAAUGCUACUGAAGAAUAAUGUUAUGUUAAUUCCAUGUGAUUUUGGUUACAUACCAUUUAGCAGUUAUUCUGUAAUGCUAUUACUUUUGUACAUUUUGUUUAGUUUAGAAAAGGCCUAUUUUUCAAAGCUGGUUUAGGUUCAUUAAACCUGUAAAUGAACCCGA